AAUACUCGUACAAACAAACAGUCUGGAAAAUCGUAUGGCAACUCAUGCACUCGAAUUAAAGCUCUGUAUUACCGGUGACUCGCGCAGUCGUGUUUACACAGUGCUGCGAAACUUACGUCAAAGUGAAAUGGUUUUUCCCAGAACAUUCGUGUAGAAGAUUAGUGCAUAAAUCUGUAGUUCUGGGGGAUGGCUGGCAGAAUAUUGUCGUGCGAGUAAGUUAAAAAUUUGUGUCAGCGCUUAAUCGUUCUUAUUUUACGUACUAACUCUUUGGACUGAUCAUUGCUAAGUCGCCAUUUUGUACGUAGCCGGGCACAAGAAAUAGAGUAUUUAGGAAGAAUUAUGACGGUUGGAGUGUUUGCAUAGACGUGAAAUACAGGAAACUCGUAGACCUAAAAUAUUUUGUGCGCCGAGCGUGUGACUGUUCCUGUUUCCUGCCAAAAGAACAUCGGACGUCCGUGCUUCGUAUUUGCCAUAUUUGAAGUCUAUUGAAAGACAGCAGGGUCUCAGCAGACAGAAAACUGUUUCCAGGAGCAAUAUUCAAGCCCUUGUUUCGGAUCUAUGCAUCAGAAUAACCACUUCACAAUAAAUGAGUAAACUAAUCCUGCCAUUACAUGUCGGAUAUAGAGAGCGCUCUUAAGGCGUUGGACUUUGUUGGUAUUCUGAAGAUAUUUCGUCGAGAAUAACAUGUGUGCAGUGAUCUGUGUGAUAUCGUCAUGCCCUGUAUUGACAUUCAUGUAGUGUUUUCAGUUCUGUGAAAAAGCCAAAGACAUCAAAACAUAGAGGAAUGAGACAUCGAAGUGGGGGUCAUGAUUAGAUGUCAGUGCAUUUUGUGCCUUUAUGUUGGAUAUUUUCCAAUGUUGUUGACGUCAGAAUAUUAUGGCAUUUAUUAUGACUAAUCGCCUCUCAACAUACACGUCAAUCGUAAUGUAGAUAGGAAAUAUCAAGACUUAUGUACAUACGUUAGUUUUUAUAAAUUCAUGCCGUCAACCCUAAGGACUGAAAAACAAUAGCCAAAAUGACUAUAGCCACUAGAGGACAGGGUGUUGCAGUAGAUCCACCAGAUGGUCAACUCACCACUCAUGGCUCACAGCCACAGAUUGUUCCUCCUGUCAGCAUGGGUACUAUGCAGUUGUCUCCUGAAACUGGUGUGGUGGGAAGCAAUGACUCUUUGCCAUUAGAGCAGCAACAGCCUCCACCACUUCCAUCACCUCAGCAAAUCUUACCGCAGCAUCAAAUACAGCUCCCUGCGGAACUAAUAGCUUCUGAAGAUGGAAGCAUACCAGAGCCUGAUUUUCCUCAUGCCAAGCUGGCAAUGCUUGAAGAAAAGAUAUCCAGCCCACGUUGGGUAGUUCCUGUGUUGCCUGAACAAGAAUUAGAGGUGCUAUUGAAUGCAUCAAUAGAUCUGUGCAGAAAAGGUUUAGAUGUACAUAGUGAAGCAUGCCAGCGGUUUUUCCGUGAAGGUUUAACUGUCUCUUUCACAAAGAUAUUGACAGAUGAGGCAGUAAAUAGUUGGAAGUUCAAUAUUCAUCAUUGUAUUUAUCAGAACUGUGAACGUUUGGUGGAAUUGUGUGUUGUAAAACUCUCACAGGACUGGUUUCCAUUACUGGAUCUUCUGGCGAUGGUAUUUAACCCAAACAAUAAGUUUCACGCCUUUAACAGUUCUCGACAGUCAGAAACUGUGCCUCCAGGCUCUAACAUUCCAGAGGAGGAAUUAUUUGCCCGUCCACCUCCGGAUUCUCGGGCAUGUCGAGGAUGGCUUGUUGAUCUUAUUAACAGGUUUGGCAACUUAGGUGGUUUCCAGAUCCUUUUGGAGAGGUUCCAGAGUGGAAAGAACCUAACUGUAACUGUUAUAUAUGCAUUAAUUCGACCAUUUGGGCUCUGUUAUGAAUUUCUGACUGUCCAUACAAUCACAAAAUAUCUUAUGCCCAUAGUAGAAAUGAUUCCUGGGAUUCUGGAUAAUCUGACAGAUGAUGAACUGAAGAAAGAAGCAAAGAAUGAAUCAAAAAAUGAUGCAAUAUCUGCUAUCAUAAAGGCAGCAAAAUGUUUGGUAUCUCGUGUUCCUAACCAGGAAGAGAUGAUAAAGAACCUCGAAAUAUUCAGACUGAAGAUGAUACUCAGGUUGCUUCAGAUCUCCUCAUUCAAUGGAAAGAUGAAUGCUCUUAAUGAGGUUAACAAAGUAAUAGCUAGUGUAACUUACUACCCUCAUCGUCACACUGGCUUAGAAGAGGAAGAGUGGUUGACAGCAGAGAGAAUGGCAAAAUGGAUAAAAGAAAAUAAAGUUUUGCAAAUUGUCCUGAGGGACUCGCUCCAUCAACCACAGUAUGUUGAGAAAUUAGAAAAAAUUUUAAGGUUUGUUAUCAAAGAGAGAGCAUUGACUUUAGAAGAUCUGGACAAUGUGUGGGCUGCACAAGCUGGGAAACAUGAGGCUAUAGUUAAAAACGUUCAUGAUCUCCUUGCCAAGUUAGCAUGGGACUUUUCUCCGGAGCAACUGGAUCACCUUUUUGUCUGUUUCCAGUCUAGCUGGACAAAUGCUAACAAGAAGCAGCGAGAGAAACUGCUGGAGUUAAUUCGACGUCUUGCUGAAGAUGAUAAGGAUGGUGUCAUGGCACAUAAGGUGCUCACACUGUUUUGGAAUUUGGCACAUUCUGACGAUGUGCCAACAGAAAUUAUGGACCAAGCACUGACAGCGCAUGUUAAAAUUUUAGAUUAUAGUUGUUCGCAAGAGAGAGAUGCACAGAAAACGGUGUGGCUGGACAAAUGUGUUGAAGAGCUGAAAACAGGGGACAAGUGGGCAUUGCCUGCAUUGAAGCAGAUAAGAGAAAUUUGCUGUCUGUAUGAACCAUCACCAAAUAUGAAUCACAGUCAGCGUGGCCAUCACAUGUACUAUCGGCAAGAAGUUAUAGAGAGACUACAAAGUCAACAUAGUCUGGUAAUUUUGGUUACAAACAGCUUAACAACAUACAUGGAGAAGAUAAGGAAUACUGUUAAGGAGAACCCAGAUAUUGAUCCAAAUAAUUAUUAUCCAGACGGGAGAUAUAACCACAAUCAGCAGGUGCAAGAGCGAUUAAAUUUCCUUCGGUUUUUGUUAAAGGAUGGCCAGUUGUGGCUGUGUGCAGACCAGGCGAAACAGAUAUGGAAGUGCCUUGCGGAGGAAGCUGUCUUUCCGUCUGACAGGGAAGCAUGUUUCAAGUGGUUUUCAAAACUCAUGGGAGAAGAGCCUGAUCUUGAUCCUGCAAUCAAUAAAGAGUUCUUUGAACAUAACAUAUUGCAGCUGGAUCCAUCACUGUUAACAGAAAGUGGCAUGAAAUGUUUUGAGCGAUUUUUUAAGGCUGUGAACUCCAAAGAGGGGAAAUUGAAAACCAAGAGGAGAGCUUUCUUAAUGGAUGAUGUAGACUUAAUAGGAAUUGAGUAUUUGUGGCGGGUUGUGACGAAUAGUGCAGAUGAGAUAGCAAAUAGAGCUAUUGAACUACUGAAAGAAGUGAACACGAACUUGGGGCCACGAUUACAAGGUUCACUUGUAGAUUUCCAUGAAACAUAUAUUUCAGAGUGCCUCGAUCGGCUUAAAGCUCAUUAUGAUACAGUUUCUAUUUUAUUAAGGGAUGAUGUUGGCUGUAGUAAUAAUGAAAAUGUUCUACAGAACGUGGGAAACAGAUUCAGUGAAUUUAGUGUAGAUGACGUGAAAAAAGACGAAAUGCUAGAUGAAGCGAUGGUCAUGCGAUUGAGGGGAGAAGCAGUAAAAAUGUGUCGUGUGAUGAAGGUGCUCCAGGAAUACAUAGGAGAAUGUGAUGGCGACUUCUCUGUGGAAAGGAAGAUUCUUCCCCUUCACAGGGCAUGCAGAGGAAAGCACUUGUCGUUACUUGUACGGUUUUCAAAUCCGGGUCGGCCAGUGGAUGAUAUUGACAUUUUCACACAUAGUAAUGAUACCUUAGCAUCCUUACGAAGGCAGAUUUUGCGGCGGAUAAAAGCAAGUGGAACUAAUGUCAAGUUGGACCUAUUCAUUAAUGGAGAACUGCUUGAUCCUGCUGAUGACAGGAAACUUUUGUCACAGAUACCACUCCGCGAUAAAAUGCUUCUGUCAGCAAAAUUAUGUCAGGUAAAUUCCAAUAUGCCAAGUUCACCAGACAGCAGCUCUGAUAGUUCAACAAGCUCUCCACAGCAUCCAUAUGAUGGGCCAAAUCUGGAAGCAGAGAACAUUCUUCCAGGGGUUCUUAUGUCGCAACGGCCACAUUGCGCACAGUUCUUCUUCCAGUUAGCUGAUUUGGGUUGCCGUCUGCAGUAUCCGCCAUUGCGUGAUGGAGCCAGAACUCUCUUAAAAUUAAUACCACCUGAUGUAUAUACAGAGGAAUGCUUGCAAUCACUUUUCCAGAGCCAUGCUCAUGGAGAAACUUCAUGUCCAUCAGCUACUGUUGACAACAUGUUCUUUGCAUCUUCACCAUCACAAGUCUUGUAUAAUCUAGAGGUGAUGUAUGCAUUACUGAUGCCAGCACUGGAUCCAAUGUCUGAGAAAGCUUUUGAAUUCCAAUAUAACUUCAUGAGAAGUGGGGACGCUCCUGUUAUCCUUGAAAUGUUAACAAAAAAUAAUUUUCUCGCGAAUGCUGAUGUAGCUACAAAACGGUCAGCAUACCUAACAGUACUGAAGAUGAGCAAGCUGCUUUUAUCAGUAGUUGGCCAUGUAAUUGUACGUGUUAGGGAUGAUCCUCCACCCACUUCUGAAAUGACAGACUACGUGGUAUCAGAAACAAACAGCAGUACAGUAAAUCUAAACAACCAUAGCAAUGCGAACACCAUAUCUCACAAUCCAAUGUCUGUUCUGCGGCAGGCUCUACUUAACAUCCCCAAUCAAAACACAGAAUACAUGCUGCGGAGUGUGGCAGCAAAAGUUGCACAGAGUCUGGCAAAAGAGAUGGUGCUAUCUGAUGACAGUGAUAGAUCUCGGUUAAUGUUCCUUCAGGCACUUCAAUGGGACCUACCAGAUAUCAACACCAUUCGAGCUGUUGUGCGGUUGGCAUGGGCUGCAAGCAGUGGCAGCCUCCAUCUACUUAAUGCUUCACCAGAAGAACUGCAUCAGAUGCAUGACAAAAUGUCAACCAAAGUACCUGAUACAGAAGAUGUCCUAGUAUGUAAAGAAGCGUUGGAGGUUUUGACGAUAGCGCUGGUGCUGAAUCCAAAGGCUUUGGAGAACUUUACAAGGGAAAGGAUGUGGCAUACAUUUAUAAUUGACUUGGUGCUCUUGUGCAAAAACAGAUCUGUCAGAUUGUCUGCUGCUGAACAGUUCUUGAUGAUGUCAACGUGGUGCAGUGGAGGGCAACAACCGCUACAAUUCUGCAUCUCUCUCCUCUUUAGUGUACUUAACAAUAUUGUAGUUGAGAAUGCUAGAAAUUCACAUGAAUACUUUCAGCUGUUAUGUCGACUGGUGAACUGUGCUUUCAUAUCUGGUUGUCCUGUGCCUAAUGCUGAAACUUUGCUCAAUAAUGAGAUUUCCUGGCUGAAAAAAAUCAGGGAGAAUGUAAAGGAGACUGGAGAGACAUUUGUUGAUGAAGCUGUCUUGGAGGGUCAUCUUGGAAUUGCAAAAGAAUUGUUAUCUUUCAUGCCACCAGAUAAGAAAUAUGAAAUAGGCUCUGAAGAAAAGAAGAGUAUUAACCUAAUAAAGGAACUGGUUGAAGAUUUUGUUUUUCCAGCAUCACAUUUAAUGCUUCACCUGCAGAAGACAGGGGAGCUGUGUGCAGACCAGGCAAUACCUGUAUGUUCAACACCACUGACAACAAAUGCAGCCUUUGAUUUGCUUGUGGCUCUUUGCAUAGCUUGUGUUCCAAACAUGAAGUUACUUGUGGAGAUGCUCACAGAAAUGUUCUACUCGGAGCGUGAUGAACCGUUAGUGGAAUGGGAUUACCUUCCUCCCGUUGGACCAAGGCCACCAAAGGGGUUUGUGGGUCUAAAAAAUGCUGGUGCUACCUGCUACAUGAACUCUGUAUUACAACAGCUUUAUAUGGUGCAGAGUAUCCGUGUAGGGAUUUUGGCAUCAGAAGGUGCAGCCAUUGACCUGAAUGAAGACUUCAGUGGAGAAGAGAGGCUGGAAGGCGAGGGGACCUUAGAGCCAGCUGAAAAUGAUUGUAAUGAUGAAAAAUGUGGCAUUGAAGAAUCUCGUAAGGAGUACAAUAUUGGCAUUCUGAAACAGGUCCAAGCAAUCUUUGGACACUUAGCUUAUAGUAAACUGCAAUAUUAUGUGCCACGCGGCCUGUGGAAACAUUUCAAGUUGCAAGGUGAACCUGUUAAUUUACGUGAACAACAAGAUGCUGUAGAAUUUUUCAUGAGCUUGGUUGAGAGUAUUGAUGAAGCAUUAAAGGCGCUUAAUCAGGAACAAAUCAUGGGAAAAAUUCUUGGUGGCUCAUAUUCUGAUCAGAAAAUUUGCAAAGGAUGCCCACACAGGUAUUCUAAAGAGGAGCCAUUUAGUGUUAUAAGUGUGGACAUCAGAAAUCACAGUAAUCUCCUUGACUCAUUGGAGCAGUAUGUGAAAGGUGAACUUCUUGAGGGAGCUGAUGCAUACCACUGUGAAAAGUGUAACAAAAAAGUUGUUACAGUUAAGCGGUUAUGUGUGAAGAAGUUGCCACCAAUUUUAGCCAUUCAGCUUAAGAGAUUUGAAUAUGAUUUUGAACGUGUUUGUGCAAUUAAGUUCAAUGACUACUUUGAAUUCCCAAGAGAUUUAGACAUGGAACCAUACACAGUUUCAGGCCUUGCAAAAUUGGAAGGUGAGAUGAUUGACUAUGAAGAAAUUUCAAAGGACUUGUGUACAAAAUAUCAGUUAUCAGGAAUUGUUGUUCACAGUGGUCAAGCCAGUGGCGGACAUUACUACUCCUACAUCUUGCACAAGCAAAAUGAUGGUACUUCGAAGUGGUACAAAUUUGAUGAUGGUGAAGUGAGCGAGUGUAAAAUGGAUGAUGAUGAAGAAAUGAAGACACAGUGCUUUGGUGGUGAUUAUAUGGGAGAGGUGUUUGACCACAUGUUGAAGAGAAUGAGCUACAGGAGACAGAAGCGCUGGUGGAAUGCCUAUAUGUUGUUCUACACACGUCUGGACGUGGAAGAGAACCUUCUUGUGAAGAGCUUCAAUGAACUAUCAUUAUCAGAUUCCAAACAUGGUAUCCUGAAAAUGCCCCCAGCAAUUGAAAGAAGUGUAAGGAAGCAAAACAUUAAGUUCAUGCAUAAUCGUAACCAGUUUUCAGCAGAAUAUUUUCAGUUUAUUAGAAAAUUAGUGUCUUGUAACAGUACCCCCCUGAACCGACAACAUAAUACAGAUAAACUGAGCCCAGAAGGUGAAGAAUUAGCCAUGUUGAGUGUGCAGUUGGCAUCUAGGUUUCUUUUUCACACGGGGUUCCACACAAAAAAAACUCUGCGUGGCCCAGCGUCAGAGUGGUACGAAGUUCUGUGCCAUCAUCUUCAGGCAUCGAAGCAUGUUCGUUGGUGGUUUGCACAUAAUGUGCUUUUCCAGCACCCUCAUAGGUUUUGUGAAUAUUUACUUAGUUGUCCAAGCACUGAAGUAAGAUCAGCCUUUAUGAAAAUAAUAGUUUUCUUGGCACACUUUUCGCUUCAAGAUGGCCCAUGUGCCCCACCAAUGCUUGACGCUCCAAGUAUACUUCUGGAUCCACAUGCCACACUCAGUGACCAUCUCUUGCACGCUGUUCUCUUACUUCUGCAUAAGGAGGUGUCUGAUCAUGGACGCCACCUACCACAUUACUUCUCGUUAUUCCACAUGUAUGCAUCCUUAGGGAUUCCAGAAAGGACUCAACUUUUGAAGUUGAAUGUACCAGCAACAUUCAUGUUGGUAGCACUUGAUGAAGGCCCUGGACCACCAAUAAAAUACCAAUAUCCCGAGCUGACAAAGUUGCAUCAGGUUGUAUCUCAACUUAUUCGCUGCUGUGAUGUUAGUAAGAAGUGCCAGUCAUCACAGUCACAACAGGGUGUGCUGCCAUUGCCAAAUCCUUAUGGUGAUCCAGCUUGUCCUGAUUACAUCAUGCCUAUUCAGCCACAAGCAGCAGAGAUUCUUUUUGGUAGGACAAGCUAUAUAAAGAAAGUAAUUGAAGAUGCAAAUCUCUCGGAAGAGACAGUAAAACUACUGCAGUUUUGCUGCUGGGAGAAUCCUCACUUCUCACGCAUUGUUCUGAGCGAGCUGCUGUGGCAGAUAGCCUACGCCUACUGCCACGAACUGAGGCAUCACAUGGACCUACUAUUGAGCAUGCUGCUUAUGGAAGACUCUUGGCAAACACACCGGAUUCAUAAUGCACUGAAAGGUGUUCCAGAAGAACGGGAAGGUUUAUUUGAUACAAUACAACGUAGUAAAAACCAUUAUCAGAAACGAGCAUACCAGUGCAUAAAGUGCAUGGUUGCCCUCUUUUCCAAAUGCCGUGCAGCUUUGCAAAUGUUGCAUACAAAUGGAGAAUUGAAGAGGAAAUGGGCACUAGCUGUUGAAUGGUUGCAGGAUGAACUUGAAAGGCGGCCUUAUCCACCAAAUGCACAAUAUAGUUACAAUAAUUGGUCACCCCCUGCCCAGUCAAAUGAAUCCACCAAUGGCUACUAUUUGGAGAGGUCAAACAGUGCCAGGAAAACGUUGGAGAGAGCUUGUGAGCUUUGUCCUGAAGAGGAACAGGAGAUGGAGGAAAUGUCUGAAGAAGGUGAUAGCCCUCAGCCUGAAGAACAGCAUCAGCAACCACCUCAGAAUGCACCAUUUGCACCUGCAUAUUCCAUAAGUAGCCCUUUGACAAGUCAGCGAUUCAUAAAUAGAAGGGCACUGGGAACAAGAAUGAUAACAACAAACCCUAGCAGCAGCAGUAUGCAGCCACCAGCGGAACAAGUGACAAAUGAGGAGACUGUCGCAAACCUCUUGCCAGAACAUGACGAUGGACCAGAAAAUUCAACUACUGUAUCAGAUGAAUAUACACAGCCACCAGUUUUAGAUAAUCAGUCAUCAUCCUUAACCGACGCGUAAUGAAGUCCCGCUACGGAUAUUAGGAUAUAAGACUGUCUGUAAAAAGAAAGAAAAAAACAUUAGAGCAAGUGGAAUUGCAGCACCAAAUAUUAAUUGUGCUUUAGCCAUUAAAUGUCAUUUUGGAUCACUUGCAAAUGUGUAUAAGUAAGUUUUUAAGUUUUACCAGUUUUGUUAAGUUUUGCAUUACGGACCGGUAAUUCUUUGAUAAUUAAAUUAUCCUAAUCAUGUGCACUGAUCGUGAAGAGGGAUUAAAUAGACAAUUUUUUUAGCUCCCUCAUUUCUGUCGCUGGAAGACGGCAAAUGAAAUGUGUAGACAUUUUUAGUGGAAAUUAAGCUGCUCAUACAGUUCUUAUGGACAGUUAUGAACAGGCUGUGACUAGUGUUUAAAUAUAUAUGAAACAAGUUUUCUUGUUACAUACUAAUUUUUAUUGACUGCAUUUGACUAAUCUGGUAUUGUUGACAGAUGUAAGAGCUAAAUGUGAUCUAGAAGCCAUAUUUUGUAAAGAGAUUGUUAUAUGAAAGACACAUUGCACAUUUUUUAUUUGUUUGUUUUACUGGUGUGUAUUUGCCAGUUGAAUCAUUUUCAGUUGCUAGUUGGUUUCUUCUGAAAUGGUGUGCGAUUUAGAAAGUGCUGUAAACUCCACCAGUAAACUGCAGGUAUUAACAAUUUGUAAUAGAAGUGUAAAGAAGCAAAUAGAUUCAUGGGAAAUUUGUUACCUUGUUUAUUAGCUCUGAAAGUCUGUCAAAAUUGUUGAGCUUUGAGCAGGACUAAGGCUAAAAUGUGAAUUGUAGUUAUGUACACACAGAUUAGAAGUCAAUGUGUUUGGAUCAAA